UGACACUAUACUUUCUUCUGAGUGUGAUGGCUUCCCUUUUAAGGGACGAGCAAAAGAAUUAAGUGCCUUUUCUGCUUUCUCACCCGACAACUAAAGAACUGCGUCUGUUGAACUGGCAAGAAAUUUAAGGAAAUGGAAAACGAAGAAUCAACGCUCCGGCGGUGGUAAAAAAUUGCAAUGUCAUUUAAAAAACCGUAGGGAAUUAAGAAGUUGUAUUGCAAGAGUUCGUACAGCCACCCGUAUCCGAUGUGACGUUUUGAGUCAGGAGGGCGCACAUGUGUCAUGUCGAACUGGCAGAAGUGGUUUCUUUUUCCCUGUCGAGGUCAGUUUGCUUGCAGGGACAUGGUCUACGACAAGCAUGAUAUUUGUAUGAGCAUCACCAGCAAUUGAAGCGCAUUUUCUCCGAGUCAAAACUUUACUCCUGGAUAUUAGAAAAACCAAAGAUGAGCUCCGGGGUUCCGAUGAUGAUGCCGCCGCAGUCCUUGACUGCCGGCAUGCCGGAUCCGUCCACCAUCGCCAAGCAGAGUAUUGUUUUUCAUGUUGCGGCUGUGCUUUAAAUUUAGAAACAAUCUACCAACAACACGUUCAUUUUUUUGAUUUAGUGAUUGCAUUUGCCUGCUAAGAUACCACCCGCCCAGUAAAUGUUUUCGUGGUCUAGCUAUGAACUUCACCCAUUCUUAAAACAUCGAUUGAAAACAGAGGACGCCUACAUGAAGAUGCUGGACGAGCAGGUGAAGCAGGGCACCCAGGUCCUGGAGGCCCAGGUGAAGCACCAAAAGGAGUACCUCCUCGGUCAAGCCGACCAGCAGAAGAAGCAGUUCAUCAUGCAGAUCGACAUGGAGGUGAAGCAGCAAGAGAUGGCCCUGGACCAGCAGCGCAUGGAGCAGCUGAUGGCCCUGCAGCAGCAGGCCGCGCAGCAGAAGGCCGCGUUGGAGCAGCAGGCCAUGCAACUGUCUAUGGAGUACCAGCAGAAGAAAGCUGAGGAAGAAAUGCAGAAGCAGCAGUACUGAAAAUUUUGAUGUCGAUGCGGUCAUUUUAGGUUUUUUUAAGAUUCGAAGUCUGAUGUGCGACAGCCGAAUUCUGAUUGACGUCGAGUCCGUUGGAGAAAAAAACUUAUAUUCAUUCAAAGUAACAUGAUGCGCGGAAACAAAACUCAGAUUCGACAUGGAGAAGAAGCAGCAGGAGAUGCAGAUGAAGAUGCAGGAGGAGAUGGCCAAGUUCCAGGGUGCCGGUCAGCUGUUCACCACCCCCGCCUUGGGCACGGCCAUGCCGGGCGCCGGUGCCACCUACACCUACGGCCCCAACGGCGAGCUGGUCCCGAAGUAAGCGGCUUCCUCAGGAAUGAGCAAGAUCUUGGGUGUCCUGUCUUUCAUGAUCAUCUCCAUGGCCAAGAAACCUUCGUCGCUGCGCAAUAAUCAACCCUGACGCUACUAGUUCAAUUUGGGCGACCAUAUGUAAAAUGCCGUUCAGACCAUGCGCUGCUAACUUCUCCAUACAGUAGUCUUCUCCGUACGUUGGACGUAUCGCAUGUUGAAUUUAUCCUAAGGAUGAAGCACACUUUAGACACCAUGGCGGGCUAUCAAACUUUGGUUUCUGUUGAAUCUUGACAUAUUGUCAAAUUCUGUACAACAUAAGCAGGGAAGCAAGUACGGAACUCACUGCAUGAAUACGUCAAUAGCUUCUACACAUGUCGUUUACAGGUUUUUUACAACCUUUCCGAUGUAAGUCGUUACGUACCUCUUUUCAGCUUUUUGACACUUGCGCUUCACGAUAUGCCACAGGGCCGAAAAAAAACGAUUUUUUCCAACUAACGUGGGACACUGUAGAGCCUUUCUACACCAGUUCCCGCCAAGGUGGAAGAUUUCGCUUUGAACACAACCUACGCGUAAGACCACUAGGUUUAGUGCGAUUGAAAAGCUUAGCUGUAGACCCUAAACGCAACAAGUGGCAGCAGCGAAAAUUGCUACGUUCCUCGUGGCUGAUCUUUUCGGACAUCACGCAUGAGAGUGGCAGGUUUGUUUCUCGCGUUGAUGCCUUAGGAUUGUGUCAACCUGGAGUGGUACAAAAGCGCCGUCCAUGAUUCCGCAUAGAAAACUUCAUCAAUUGAUGAAAGCACAAACAUAUUGAUUCUAAACUAACUUGCCCCAUUUUUUGGGUGAUCUAUCAGCUGCGACUUGGAGGCCCCGAAAUCCUGAGUUCGCAUGUCAGUGUUGUAUUAUCGGUGUGUAUAUUAAUAUUAUGGAAACA